AGGUCGGACUCAAUCCCCUCAAGCCGCCCUUCGCAGUAGCACAUUCGUUUUGACUUCUUUGACUCGCCACGUUUCGUCGCUCGUUGCCCCGCCGGUUCCAAAUCGAGCCCUAGUAGGUAUUCGCCAGUGGAGAAAGGUGAAAUUUCGUUCGAAGAUUCUUUCCAUGCGGUAUCAGCGAUCGAGUGCUCAAAGGGAGGAAAAAUCCAAGUCCUACACUCUCUGUUCCUCCCCUUAAUGAUCUCGGGGAUUUAUCCAGCUGGUAAAUCUACUCCAACUUUCCUGGAAGGGUAGGCUACUUCAUGCUCAUUAAGAUUUAUUUACUCGGUGGUAGUGAUCGUAGCUGAUUUUGUGUUAAAGUAUUUCGAGGUUCUGAUGCCUCCGCAGAGGCAGUUCUCCCGAGUGGACACUUUGGACCUUAAAUUGCAGAUCAGCAAGAAACUUGGGCGGCAGAAAGCUGAGAAGUAUUUCUUCAACUUAAGAAGAUUGCUGAAUCUGAAACUCAGUAAGAUGGAGUUUGACAGAUUCUGCUUUAGUAUCAUGGGGAAGGAAAAUGUCGGGCUGCAUAACUUGCUCAUUCGUUCAAUACUAAGCAAUGCUUGUUUCUCUCAUGGUCCACCCAGUAGGCAUGCGACUACAGGUAAUUCUCGAAGUACUAUAACAUCAAAUGGUCAGUUCAGUGACAUUUUGCCUGUAUCACCUCGCAAAGGAAGGUCUAUUACUAGCCGGGAUCGCAGGCUUAAUGACCGCCCAAGUCCUCUUGGUCCUCAUGGGAAGAUGCCUUCUGGAAACGUAAUGGAAUUUACUAAUUCCUGUGAUGUGCAAAGGUCAAGAGAGCAACAAAGUGCACCUGAGUUGAUAUCUAUUGGUAGCAAAGCUUUGUUGGAAGUUUUAUCUGUGGAAGAUGGAGAAGAGGUAGAACAGGUGAGAGGUAGUCCAAGCAUCCAAAGUAGAAGUCCUAUCCGAGCUCCCUUAGGUAUUGUCUUGAAUUCGGGGGGCCUUAACCGUAGAGCUCUCCCUAAUAGAUAUGCAUCAAUUUUACAUCUUGCCAAGUCAGAAGUACAUGAGUGUUGCCGAAUCAGUUCCAUGCUACCAGAUAUGCUGUCUUUGAGGAAGUGUUUGGAGCGUAAAUUGGAAACUGAGGGUCUUGAUUUGUCAGUUGAUUAUGUUAAUUUGCUAAAUCAUGCAUUGGAUGCAUAUCUAAAGAAGAUGAUAAAACCAUGUCUGGAGCUAGCUAGGUCAAGGUCUGGGAAUAAUAAUUUUAGUGGGACAAGAGGCAACUUUCAACAUGGAAUUAAUGGUUUAUGGCACGGCGAAGAUGUGCGAAACUCCAGUCAGUGCUAUUCUGCAUCAAUGACUGAUUUUAGGGUGGCCAUGCAAUCCAAUCCUCGGGUACUUGGAGUAUGUUGGCCUGUACAGCUUGAGAAGAUAUGCAUAUAUUCUUCAGAGGAAUAAACUAUGCUCUACUUUUGGUUCUGCCUCCUAAUGCUAAGCCCUCUACGUAAGCGGGGAACCGAUGGUUUUGUAACUUCAGUUAAAUCGUUUCUCUCAGUGCUUAUCGAAAGUAAUGAUAAUGUUCCGCAAAAGGUUGGAUAUAUACCCGUGUCCUAUGGUCAAUCAUGCACAAUCUCUCUCAAGAGUUUCAUGUUCGCCAUAGUCCAUAAUGUCAAGUAGGGGGAGUAAGUUUAUUUACCUUGCAAAGUGAAGAUCUGAAGUAUUUGUUGUAUCAUCUUCAAGCAGCUGCCUUCUUGAAAGGGUGGUCUGAGUUCAGCCGUUGCAUCUAUACCUUCUUGACACAAUUAUUCUGCAGCCAUAUGAUUUUCAACAUUUAGUUGAUUUAGUUUUGAAGAGCAUUUUUUAUAACAUGUCAACUGCUUGUAAAUAAAUAAUGACACUAGAUUUUUAGUGCUUUAUUUUUAUUUUUAUUUUUUAAAGUUUUCACUCUAUAUACUGCUAACAGCAGGAUGUCCAAUCUUCAUUAUGUAUUAUCUAGGUAAAAUAAUAUCACAUUAGUAUCAGUUUUCUUGGUUUCCUGAA